AUCAAUUUUAGUUUAUCAAUGAUUGCACGCUUGUCUACAACAUUCCUUAAAAACCUAAGACAAGCUAUAUGCAUUGUCCCUGAUACAGAAAUCACUAUCAAUGACAAAGUAUUCUUUUUUGAAUAGGUAAUUCUUUUUACUUACUUUAGAAUUAAGUUAAAGCUAUCCCUUUAAGAUGUGUCUUAAAAGAAUAUUUAUUAUAGGAAAGUGAGUAUGUUGAAGAAGCUAAUUAAGUUGAAUAAGAUUCCAAUGAAAACUUAGAAUCAUAAGAAGAAUUUUCUGACGAUGAAAACAAUGAAGAUGAUUAAGGUCCUUCUGGUGGAAGAAUGAUGCCUGUAAUUGAACUAAUUAAGGGAUUUAUUCCUAGAAUUAUUGGUGCAAUUUGAGCAUUUUAAAUUCAAAAUUUACAAGCUAUUAUUAUUAAAUUUCAU